AUGCUCCUCCUCUUGAGUGCUGACCGACCCCCUAUCGCCAAGAGACAUUACCUGUCGCUCGGACACAUUGCAUCUUGCACGCAUCACGGCCGCCACAACAAUGAGACACACGGGCGGGAGAGGGGAGCAUCAAUGUGUCCUUGGCCUUGUCGACGAAGCGAGUUUCGCUCUUUUGUAGCCGCCGUCGUCGCCGUCGCCGCCGCCGCCGCCGCCGCUGCUGCAGCAGUUUGGAGGCGCCUGUUUGCUCCUGCUAAUCCAUCCAUCCAUCCCAAGCCAUCCAUACCGCAGCGACCACCGGAAAUGGGACAUGUUAGCAAUACGAACGUUGUUGACUCGCCGUCCGCGCCGCCUCUUGACAGCCUUUCUGCCGCACACGCCGUCGUAUACGCUCGACGAUUCAUCUACCUUGCCUGUUCUCGCCUCCAGCUUCUAGUUGCUUCGUCUCGCUGCACAAUUCCCUUCUUGUCAUCCCCUGCGUCCUGUCUCCUUUGCCAACCGGAGGCGGAGCGCGCCCGCCAACGAUUCGACCCGUCUCUGUUCUUCCAACCCUUCCCAGAGCUACUAGCCGCCUACUGCAUACCUGCUCCUCGCCCUUGGGGUCCGGAUAAGUUGGUCGGAUACGCUAUCCCAUGGGACAAGAAGAAUCUGGUGUUUUGGGACAUGUUGGUCGCUCCAACGACUCUCGACGGGCCUGGCCCGCCCAUCGCCACCCCUUCUUCCCCGUCAGCUAUUCUGGGGAGAAGCGUCAAGGAACUCAGGGGAGGCAGGCAGGGAAGGGAGGUUGGCGGGCGUGUCCCGCGCAUGGGUCGCGGUUCUCUCGAAUGCCUCCAACUGGCAGGGACAGGCCCGAGUGGUGAACCAGGACCACGAUUACCACUCAAAGAGACUGAAGUACGGAUGCCAAACGAGUUGUUCAUCUACCCCCCCCCCCCCCCCCCAUCGAGCCAGGAUGGCCUGUGUGCCAAUGGCCCCCAGCGUGGCAUGGCAUGGCGUAUGGCCCUGUCUGGUGGUGUCGCCGCCGUAUUGGUGGGUUGGUACGAGUGGCAGCGAACUCCGAAUUCCCCUAAUGGUGUACGGGAUUGGCUAUGUCAAAUGGCAAAUGGCAAGGUCUGCCACCACUGCCUCACCUUCGCCGUUCGCGAUGCCACAGAUGGCAAAUGGCAAAGGAGCUUUUUUAGGCCCCGAUUCCUGUGUCGACACGCCCCCGGUGCCACUUUGCUAAAGACAACAACGCGCGGAUGCCCGUCGUUCUGCUCUGAUGCUGCCGCUCAUGCCGCUGCUUGUCCAGCUAGGUAUGCCGGCGCUCGAACCAUGGGCGGUAUUGUCAAUGGCGGCAGCCAUGGCUUGCCCCAGGCUAUUAGGGACGGGGGGACGUCUUCACAAAGGGACAACCCGAGGACGAGGCGCUAA